CAAGGGAAGGCCUGGCGAUCCACGCCCCACCUCCGUGCCCUGAUAUUUCCGCUUUCUCCUGCCGCCCUCCAUCUGUUCUUCUCUCUGACUCCCGUAAAUAAAUUCGUUACUGUAGCUAUCCUCCUUCCCCAAAGUAUCAUCAAUAACGCUCUCCCUCCUCCUUCCCAUUGUUUCGAUCCAUCGAUCUGUGAUCGGUCGAGGAGAGCAAGAUGAUCCGGCUGUUGUUUACGCUGUUGUCGGCGGAGGUGGGGGUGGUGGUGGUGCUGCUGUUCAAGACGCCGCUGCGGAAGCUGGCCAUCCUGGGGCUGGACCGCCUCAAGCGCGGGCGCGGCCCCGUCAUGGUCAAGACCGUGGCCGCCACCCUCCUCAUCGUCCUCGCCUCCAGCGUCUACAGCAUAGCCAAGAUCCGCAGCCACUCCACCGAGAUCGGCUCCCUCACGCCCACCGAUCAGGUCCUCAUGAGCCGCCACCUCCUCGAGGCUUCCCUCAUGGGAUAUUCUCUUUUCCUUGCGCUGAUAAUUGACCGACUGCACCAUUAUAUCAGAGAGCUACGUGGCUUGAGAAAGAACAUGGAGGCUGUGAUGAAACAAAACAGGGCCUUGGAAGAAACAAAAGGUGGGGGUUCAGAUGAGCUAAAAUCGCAAGACAAAGAGGUCACCAAUUUGAAUGAAGAGAUAAAACAUCUGAAACCGGAGUUAGAGGCAAGGACCAAGGAGGCUAAGGCAGCAGAAGCCAAUACAACAGCACUCAGAAAACAAUCCGAAGGGUUUCUUCUUGAAUAUGACCGCCUGUUGGAGGACAACCAGAAUCUUCGAAAUCAAUUGCAGUCACUGGACCAGAGGCUAUCACAUUCCGAUAGCAAGAAGAACCCUUGAGACCAUUGCAAAAUGCUUCGCUGUCGACUCGAAAACUUGAUCUGUCCGAUAGAAUAAUCCUUUUACAUUUUCAAUUGGAUAUGUUUUGAUCCUUUGAUGGGCCACAAAAGCAGUCGCACAAAAAUAAUGCAUGGUCUGGUUGUUUGUUCUUAGAUAAACAUCACGGUAGUUCUGAUCGAGUAAUCAACAUGUAUGGGUAGGGUGUCAAAAAUGGGUACAGCGAGGUUCUAUACAAAAAUAGUUCUAAACUAGCCUUCAAUGGAUUACCUAUUGAUGUGGUGUUUUUUAGGUUCUAACGUGUGUAAACAGUAGUCUGCCCUCUUUUAGAGUGCAUUCUCUUUUGUGUUGUUUUAUAUUUUCUGAUUCCUACAAGAAUUUAUGUGGGCCCAAAAUUUAUUACGAACUUGAGUCCUAACUAUGAAAAAUACCUGCAAUAUUGUGUUGCUCCUCUUAUUA